UGUAGGAGGCCGUGUGCGCGCUGCUGGUAAACACUGAGCGCCUCGUGUGACAGAGAAGAGAGAAGGAGGCUGCACAGGACAGGGGCUCCGCACACCAGACACGGCAGGUGUGAGAAGUAGCAAGCAGCCAUCAUGGCGGGAGACGCAGUCAAGCUAAUGCGAGGCCUGGUUAAGCUCAGUAAAGCCAUACUGGAAGUGCAGACCGGGCAGCUGAGACAAGCAGCGAUGGGCAAAGAUGUUGCCAACGUGGCCAGAAGCUGGCAGGUGGCUGCAGAGGAGCGUUUCAGUGCUGCUAUGGGUAGAGUGCAGGAAGUUGGCGGGCAGCAGGAGAACCUGGCUGUGGAGGACAUGGACAGUUUUUCUGGACCGACCUCGGAGAUUGCUGGCAUGGAGUACUCCCCUUCGUCCGGCCACAUUAAUGAAAUCCAGCAUGCAGAGGGUCAGUCCAGUCAGGAGGACGUGUACAGAAGCCAGGGCCAAGACCCCUAUUCCUUCCGACCAGACCCCACCUCCAAAAUGGACAAUGGGACUAUAUUUGGAAAUCUCAGGGACACUGCGGGACCUUUUGCGGCUACUGGACAGAAAAGGAGCUUUCACCAGGACCACCCUUCUGUCACUGGGCUGACCGCAGAGGACAUUGAUAAAGCCAGGGAGGCAAAAUCCACUCCAGAACAGAAGCCCCACAAACAGAUGCUGAGUGAACGAGCACGAGAGAGGAAAGUUCCAGUAACGCGGAUCGGCAGAUUGGCUAACUUUGGAGGAUUGGCAGUCAGUCUGGGCUUUGGAGCGCUAGCUGAAGUGGCCAAAAAGAGCCUAAGUCCAAGAUCGGAGAAUGUUGACGGUAAAAAGGCUGUAAUGGACUCCAGCCCUUUCUUAUCAGAAGCCAAUGCGGAGAGAAUUGUCAGGACCCUGUGUAAGGUCCGCGGAGCUGCCCUGAAGCUGGGUCAGAUGCUCAGCAUUCAAGAUGAUGCCUUUAUCAAUCCGCAGCUGCAGAAAGUAUUUGAGAGGGUUCGCCAAAGCGCAGAUUUUAUGCCCAGCAAACAAGUUAUGAAAACCCUAAAUGCUGACCUGGGACCCAACUGGAGAGACAAGCUUGAGUCUUUUGAAGAGCGCCCAUUUGCUGCAGCUUCCAUCGGACAGGUUCACCUAGCUCGCCUGAAGGAUGGCAGAGAGGUUGCCAUGAAAAUCCAGUAUCCUGGAGUGGCUCAGAGCAUCCAUAGUGACGUGAACAACCUAAUGACGGUUCUCCACAUGAGCAACGCACUUCCUGAAGGCCUGUUUCCUGACCAUCUGAUUGAAGUCCUGAGCAGAGAGUUGGCCCUGGAGUGCGAUUACAAGAGGGAGGCAGCCUGUGCCAAAAAGUUCAAGGAGCUGAUGAAGGACCAUCCGUUCUUUUAUGUGCCCGGUGUUGUAGAUGAUCUGUGCAGCCAGCAUGUCCUCACUACUGAACUGGUGUCCGGUUUCCCUCUCGACCAGGCCGAGGGCCUCAGCCAGGAAACUCGUAAUGAGAUCUGUGAAAACAUCUUGCAUUUAUGCCUACGAGAGUUGUUUGAAUUCCGCUUCAUGCAGACGGAUCCCAACUGGUCCAAUUUCUUCUAUGACCCACAGCUUAAGAAGGUGGCCCUGCUGGACUUUGGGGCGACACGAGGCUUUGAUGAAGAAUUCACAGAUCUUUAUAUUGAGAUAAUCCGGGCCGCUGCGGACAAAGACCGAGCAAGGUUACUAAGGAAGUCUGUUGAGAUGAAAUUUCUCUCAGGUUAUGAAACAAAGGCUAUGGAGAUCGCCCACUUGGAAGCCGUCCUGAUUCUAGGAGAAGCCUUUGCCUCUGACGUCCCCUUCAACUUUGGUUGUCAGAGCACCACAGAGCGUAUCCAUCGCCUCAUCCCCGUCAUGUUAAAGCACCGUCUCAUCCCCCCUCCAGAAGAGACCUAUUCCCUCCACAGAAAGAUGGGUGGCUCAUUCCUUAUCUGCUCCAAGCUGCAAGCCCAAAUCCCUUGCAAGAAGAUGUUUGAGGAUAUCUACAGCAAUUACUGGAAGGGCAAGGAGCACAAGAGAUGCUAGAGACUUCUGACCACCGCUUGUCCCCUUUGUAACAAUUCAGUCUUUUUCUCUCACUGAUAACUACAUUGGAAACCCAAGCUGGAAGUCCUCUGACUUUGUGCAGACCUCCUCGUAUAUCACCAGCUCCUCCUGUGCCCCAAAUUAUUGACUAUUGAGGUUAAGGAGCCUAUGCCAGCUUUUUUGUUUUUUUGCAACUUUUGUUUUUUUAAGGACCUUGGGAAAGUUUGGGGAUGGUGAUGAGGUCUAGUAAAUCUGUACACAAGGAGGUGUGGAAUCUUGGGAUAGAAAGGGUUCCCCCGCGUAGGAUUAUGGAACAUAAUUGAGUGUACGUGGAAGAGUAGAGGGUACAAUAGGGAAUUGUGGACUAUUUUUUUUAUUUUAUUUUUUUGCCUAGAAGUUCAAUGUAAUCUCUCCCCCCCCCCUUUUUUUUUGUUUUUUUUUUUGUUUUCUUGGUAUUAAUAAGUGGAAUUAAAUGCUUUUUGUACUGUGGAAAUUGAUUUGUCAUGAGGACGGCCUAAUCGCAAUGCAUAUUUGCCUUUUUUAGCCCUCUGUUGCAGAGGUUGAAUAUUUUUGGGGCGUGGAUGAACUGUGAAUCGUGUAAUUUCCAUUUCAUAUCAUGAUUGUAUGCACAAGUCACCUUAUGAUGACACCCUGGUCCUGUGAUGGGGUGAAUAGAUAAAGGGCUUCAUACAUAUUAAAUGCUUUUUCUCUA